ACGCCUGAUUAGCAAUAGCAAUAUUUGUGUUACAGAAAUCAAAGAAGUUCUGCUGAUUACAUUUUAACAGUUUACAGAUGUCAAUGAAUUUCUAGUCAACUUGGAAUUAUUUCCUUUUAUCACUCCGUCAUUAAGCCUCCAGGAUGGCUCUUGUGGAUAGGAAUAUUCUUGGAGGUUUAAGCCAGAAGUGUCCACUCGUCACUCACUGUAGAACUGAAGAAACCUCUUGGACGGAAGAGACGAGAUCUUUCAAACUUUCAAACGUUCACCUGCGCAUUCUGUGGUUUAACGAGCUAGAAAACACAUCAGAUCUCCUGCCGUGAAUUUUAUCUCUAUCCUUUUCCAAUGUGAUGUCAUGGCAAUGCGUAGUCAAUCUUGUUUAUGUGUGUCUUUUACAGUUGAUGAGACGCCCGUUGACUCUUCCAAAAAGUCUGAAACAUGCUCUUCUGGUUCAUCCAAGUCACACUUCAAGGACGCGGAGGAGUCUGAGGAUGUGAGUGGCUGUCCACGCGUCGAAGACAAAACCAAGCUUCGGUCGACGAGCAGCGCCGAGGACAAAUACUCCGACAGGCUUUGUAGAUAUGAUAGGAGCACGAGGAUGGAAGAGACGGUGACCACAGAUGAACCCCCGCGCACUGAGCAAACAGAAUCCACUCCUGCUGCUUCAGAGGAAAAUAAGCCUCCCAGGCUCCUGUCUGAUGAUAAGAACAGAGACGCCUCUCCUCCUCCUCCUCCUCCUCCUCCUCUCUCUCCCUCCUCGCAGCCUGCCUCACUGCAGCGCCAAGACUCAGGGCCCCAGGGCAUCAAGGGAAUCCUAAAGAAGAGCCGCUCCACCAGCGUGGAGUCGGACCACAGCGAAGGCUCGACGCCUGACUUCACGCCAGUCCGGCAAAGCAGCGUCACUCUCAGCCACCCGGAGAGCGACGAAGAGACGCAAGAAGUGGACGACGACGACGACGUCGACGGAGAGGAGGAGGAGGAGGAGGAUGACAUGGAUGAUGAGGAAUACGAGGAACACUACGAGGAGGAUGAGUCCUUAACCGAGGAUGUCAAGGACGGCGGGGGUUCCAGUAACCACAGUCAGCAGAGAGAGGGCAGCAGCUGUAGUGGUGGCAGCUUUGAAGAAAUGCAAAGCUUCUCGCCGGAUGAGAGUUUUGAGAAGACCUCUUCGGUCUCUGAGGAUUUCGAGGAGCUUGAGAGCAGUUUGGAUGGAAGUCAGGACUCUUCAUUGAAACAGAGAUUGGUGGAGUUUACUGGUCGAGAACAUGAGAAAAAAGAGCGUCUGAAAAAGACCCCGCCGACUCAGCUGAUCCAGACAUCCCUGACAGAUCGUCUCAGCCUGCUCCAAGGUUCUGAAAAUGCGUGGAAGAAAAAAAAGUCCGGAGUGGACCUGGGUCCCAAGAUGUCCUUAGUGGACAGGAUGAAGAUCCUGAAGGAGAAAGAGGAGCAGUGGAAAAACAAAGGCAAAGGAGCAGCCAACGACUCGGUUCAGUUCACCGUAGCUGGACGCAUGGCUAAGAGAGGUCUUGUUUCCAACGAGCAGAAAGAGUCACCUCUAAACUCUCUCAAGAAGUCUGUUGCUACACCCGUGAAGCCUCAUGAAGAAAUCUCCAGCAGAAGCGACGUCAAAGUCGAGGGAGAUAAAAGGCUGGACAAGCUCGAGUCAUUUCUGGACAAACUGCACAACAAAGGGGUGAGCAAAAGCAAAACCUCCACCAUCGAGGUGACCACGGAGGCAGAAAAGGAAGUGAUGACCCUGGACGAUGAAGAGACUUUCGGCAACUUCUACAAAUCUGUGUCACCCACGACGCUGCAGGACUCCACCGUGGUCCUUACCGAGGAAGAUUUCAGCCAGAUUCAGGCACACACUCCUACGCUCACCUCAACCGUAGCGGAACACAAGAGGGCAGUGCGACCGGCCCGAAGGAACCAGGGCUCCAGGAACCCGCUGCGGGCUCUGGCCGCUCGCAAUGACCUGCGGCAGGGCUACACUGAACAAAGGCUUAACGUGGCCAAAGUGGAAGCCAAAAGGAUCCAAGUUGAGAGGAUGGCAAAACACUCCAACUUGGCCGACGUGGCAUUGGCUGGCCUCGCCAGCAAGGAGAACUUCCGCAAGGUCAGCCUGCGCAGCGUCAAAUCUACGGACGUAGUGACCAACAAUAGCACGCUGCCUUUCAACAAGCUCAUGCUCAUUCGCAUCAAAGGCCGGAGGCACGUCCAAGUGCGCCUGGUGGAGCCCACAGUCACGUCUCUGAACAGUGGCGACUGCUUCCUUCUCAUAACCCCGAAGCACUGCUUCUUUUGGACGGGAGAGUUCGCUAACGUCAUUGAGAAAGCUAAGGCAUCAGAGAUGGCCUCCUUCGUCCAGGCCAAGAGGGACCUCGGCUGUAAGGCCCCCCAGGUGACAUUGCUGGAGGAGGGCAUCAACACCGACAGCAGAUGGGCCAAGGAGUUCUGGACACUGCUGGGAGGAAAGACUAAAUACAGAGGGGCAGGGGAACCAGAGGAAGAUGAACUGUAUGAGAGUGGAGUGCUGGAUUCUAAUGGUAUAUACAGACUGCAGGGAGACAAACUGGUGCCUCAUGAAGACGCCUGGGCUUCUAUUCCAAGUGUCACCUUGCUUGACUCGAAAGAGGUCCUGGUGUUUGACUUUGGCAGUGAAGUGUACGUGUGGCAUGGGAAGGACGUGCCCCUGGGAGACAGAAAGGUUGCAGUAAAACUUGGCAAGCAGCUCUAUGCUGGCAGCUAUGACUAUAGCAACUGCAGAGUCAACCCACUUGAUGCUUCAUGCACAAAUAAGGACGUGCCCCUGCAAGGAGACGGCCGUCCCAGCUGGGCCCUCUUCGGCCGCCUGUCGGAGCACAAUGAGACGGCGCUGUUCAAGGAGAAGUUCCUCGACUGGGCCGAGAUGAAGAAAGAGGAAACCACUCAAUCAGAGGAAAUCAAGAGUCCAGUGCAUUCCGCUGUCCGCGCUCCUCUUGAUUUGGAGCUGCACCCAUGCGACGCCAAAGCCCUGCUGGAUAACGAACCUGAGCCGGUGAAGACGGUGCUGGAGGGGGUCAACGUCCAAAGGGGCCACGGUCUGGUGAGGACGGAGGACAACAGGCAGGCGGAGCUGGCCACAGUGGCUGUGGACUCGUGGCACAUCAAGGAGCACAGUGAGGAGGAGCUGCCGACGGAGAGCCUGGGUCAGCUGCACGAGGGCGACGCCUACAUCAUCCGCUGGAAGUAUUCUGUCACCACACUCGUGGGGAAGCGUGAAAAACCCGGGGAACUGAGUGCUGCCACCUCCGGGAGAGAGAGGAUCGCCUGUUUUUUCUGGCAGGGCCGUCACUCGAGCAUCAGUGAGAAAGGAACGUCGGCCCUGAUGACAGUGGAGCUGGGCAGUCACAGGGGGUCACAGGUGUUGGUGAGUCAGGGGAAAGAGGCGCCCUGCUUCCUGCAGCUCUUCCAGGGAGGUUUGAUCAUCCACAAGGGCAGCAGAGAGGACGGCAACAGCAGAGGUAAGGAAAGAGUUUACAAUCUCGCUAUUUGUAAUUUUUGCGAUGGAAGGCUCCGCGACUGCCGUUCGGCUAACGCUAGCCUCGUGUUUAUGUUUAGGCGUCCGUCAGAGUUGGGUCUGAGCGGCACAAGCAGCGUGAAGGUUGAGGAGGUGGACGAAGGAGGCGAACCCGCGGAGUUCGUGAAGGCCCUGGGCGGUCAGGACAAGAAGGCGUACGACUGUAUGCUCAAAGAUCCAGGGAAGUACAACUACACUCCCAGGCUGUUCCGCCUCACUGCUGGCUCUGGGGUUUUUGAAGGGGAAGAGCAGCUGUAUCCUGCCAGAGUGACAGAGGGCGUCAUGGGAAUGCCCUUUUUGCAGGAGAACCUCUAUGCAGUAGAACAGCCAGCUCUCUUCAUGCUGGAUAACCGUAUGGAGGUGUACCUGUGGCAGGGCUGGCAGCCUGAAGACGAGCAGCGCACCGGCUCUGCAAAGAUGCGCUGGGACACGGAGAGGAAGUGUGCCAUGGAGACGGUGCUGCAGUACUGCAAAGAAAAGAACCCACGGCGCCCCCCUCUGGCUUAUCUGGUCGUCGCAGGCUUCGAACCUCUCACAUUCACCAACAUAUUUCCAUAUUGGGAGAAGAAUGCCGAUAUCAGCUCUAAGGGGGAGAGCUCCAGGAACAAAGUGAUGUUGGUGAAGGAUGUGCUGUCUCAGCUCAGUAAACAACAGUACUCCAUUGAGGAACUCACUCGCAAACCACUGCCGGAGGGAGUGGAUCCUCUGCGUGUAGAGGAUUACCUGUCUGACCAGGAUUUUAAGACACUUCUCGAGAUGAGUCGCGUUGAGUUCAACGCCCUGCCAAACUGGAAGCAGAAGAAUCUCAAGAAAAGCAAGGGACUGUUUUAGGACUUAUAAAAAAAAAAAAUAAAAAAAACUUUUUGUAUGUUCUACAACUUUUUUCUUUUUUUUAUUAUUAUUAUAAAAAUACAAUUUUCCAAUUUUAUCGUGACUAAAAAAAGAAAAUGUACAGUUUCAAUUUAAUAUUGACCCUUUUUAGGAACCAUCGUCCUGUCUCACGGAAAUAUCUCAGUCAAAUACUUUGUGCAAUUUUUACCCAGGUGUGAUGCUGGGACAGUUUCUUCUGUUGUUUGUUUCAUCUUAUAAAUAUGUAAAAUAGUAUCACUGAAUGUCUUCUUUUAGUUUACCAGAGACUGCUGGACUCUUUGCGCCCAGAAAUGUUUUGAUUACAUAAAUGCAUCGAUUUUUUUUACAUUUCAUACCUACUAAGGCUGUGUUUAGCUGGAGUCAGUGGGAUGUCUUUGCUUAUAGUGAUUCACUAAGUUUAUUAGUUCAAUCAUGUGAAAACACGCAUUAAUCCUAUAAUCGAUUUGUGUUGUUGUAUGUGACCCAUGAUUAGCUCACGCUGCCAAAAGCGCCCCAUGCAGCACAAACCUUUACUCAAUCACACUAGGAACUAAAGAAAAUCUCCUGCGGUGAGUGAAAGUUGAAGUUUGUUCAGACCGAUAAACCUGCCUGUUGCCUCUGCCUGUUUUUUCCCCAAUGUCUGCGUUUACACAAAUGAGCUUGCAGAAACACUAAGAACUUCUAAUGAGGCGUCUGUCAGAAUGCAGCUCAUUUUUUUCCUUGAAAGCUUAAAAGAUGUGUUUCAUUUUAUGUGCAGGAGAUGUAUGAGUUUGCAAACUUUAGCUGUUGAGGAGGAAAAGGAUUUAAGCAAAUUGGCCGUGAUGAUAACUGCCUGAAUCCUUUGUUUGGCACAGUGUAAUCUGACUGUUAAUGCUGACCAUCACUUUUAAAAUGAGGCAAAAAAAAAAAAAAAUUCUCAGGCACAUGUAGAAUUUAAUUCAGCUUUUAUGUCUUUGGUACAAUUCCUUUCUGAUUGUUGUAUGUAUGUGUAAAUCAUCUGAUUGUUUAGGACCAAAUCUAGUGGUUUUGUAUCAUUCACUGUGUGUGUACAUGUGUGUUUAUACAUGUGCGGCAAAAAGUAUUACAUGUGCCAGGAACUGCAGCCAUCAGUAGUUUUUUUUUUUUUUUUUCUCACCAAACUCUGAGCUACCUGUCUUAGUAUUAUGAAAGUACAUUAUAUUAUUGCUGUCACUCUGUGUAUACAGAGUAAGGAAUCUACUCUGCCUGAUUGGCUUUUUUUUUUUUUAGAUAUCAUUUAAAAAAAAGUGUCAAUAUGCAUCUCAUUAUUGUAGAAUUGUCGAUGAGAGGGAUGUUUGUUGUAUAUCAGUGCAUUAACCAGGCCAACUUUUACUUCCUGGUCCAUUUAACAUUUAACAGAGACAAGUUUUGGUGGCAGGGAGAGGGACUCUUCACUCAGAAAUUCUCUUUUUAAUAAAGUCUUACCAAAAAAGGUG